AUGGGGGCAAUCGGCGGCACAAUCUGGCACGGAAUCAAGGGUUUCCGCAACUCCCCCUACGGCGAACGUCGCAUCGGCGCCAUAACAGCAGUCAAGAUGCGCGCCCCCGUCCUGGGCGGCAACUUUGGCGUCUGGGGCGGCCUCUUCUCCACGUUCGACUGCGCCGUCAAGGGCGUCCGGCAGAAGGAGGACCCGUGGAACGCCAUCGUCGCCGGCGCCUUCACCGGCGGCUCGCUGGCCGUCCGAGGCGGCUACAAGGCCAUCCGGAACGGAGCCAUCGGGUGCGCCGUCCUGCUGGCUGUCAUCGAGGGGGUCGGCAUCGGAAUGGGCAAGGUCUUUGCCGGGUCGACCAAGCUCGAGGUGCCGCAGCCACCGCCUAACAUGGAGGGUGCGGCGGUUUAA